AUGUUAAACAACGCAUUCUCAAUCUGCAGAUUGAGGGCUGCUGUGCACUACACCGUCGCUUGCCUCUGUGAAGAAGUUGCAGAAGACAAAGAGAUCCACUUUAGUAAACAAGCUAUUGCUGCUAUUUCUGAAAUCACCUUCAGACAGUGUGACACCUUUGCGCAGGACCUUGAAAGAUUUGCUAAACAUGCCAAACGAAUAACAAUUAAACCCGAAGAUGUUAAACUUCUGUCUAGAAGAAGCAACUCAUUGCUGAAGUACAUCACACAGAAAAGUGAAGAGCUGACUUUGAAAAAAACUGAAGAAAAGGCAAAGAAAAAAAAGACAUCCAGCAGAACCUCUGAUGAGCACGUGGGACCUGCCGCAGCUGACAGUGAAGACUCCAACAUGGCCUGAUUCCUUUUUUCCCUCUGGCCGUCUCAGGACUGUGUCUGUCUUUUGUCAAACAGCAGCAAAGAGCUGAUAUUGCCAUACAGUGUUCCAGCGCCUGCUUGCCUUUGAACAGGUCUCAUUGUGGUUACUCUUUAAAAAGUGCAACUAUAAUGGGGGUGUUGGUUCCAUCUUUGAAAACCCAUGUGAGAAACGGAUACUUUACAGAAUUCGGGAAAGAGAUAUCUUUGUAAAUGGAAAAGGUAUACAGCGUUUACAUUUUUGGAUUUCCCAGUGGGAAACUGUCGGUAAUUAAACAGAAUUUAUUUGUUCAGGCUGAAACAACACUUGUUAUUCUUAAAGGAGUGGUGGUCACGUCCAAUGUUCCUUCUAAGCUGUGGAGU